AUGCCUGAAAGAUCGCUGAAGCUCGACCCCGCCGCCAACACUUUCCUAGGCGAACCGUUCGAACUCAAACCACUUGUCAGCGAGAUUCUACGCACAAAGUACUGUGUCCCGGGAAGCAUCUUCCUUGUGGAGGGCGUUGAUCGCAUUUCUGUCUCAAGAUCGGGAAGAUGGCAGGUCAUUCGACUUCUUCUUGGUGAUGGACAUGUCUGUAUUCAGGCCAUAAUAGCGCCUGAUAUGCACCGCUUCGUCACCACGGGGGACAUCGCCUUGGGAGCUUAUGUUCGGUGUGAGAAGUUCGAUGUCAAGUGGAAGGACGUUGGUGAUGAGAGCAUGGUGAUGCUUUUGGUGAGAGACCUUAUCACUGUUGGUUGGAACGAAACGUAUCGAGCACUUCAGAAGAAGAAUGAGCCGCUACCCCAACAGAUUCCGGCACCAGCACUUCAAGCAAAGUCAGCGCCUCAACCCAUACCAGCACCAGAGCCUGAGACGGCGGUCAAGCUUGGCCCUAAUCAGCCGGAACCUCUAAAGGGGCCACCAAAACCAGCCUUCGAGGAUUACAUGGAGUUUGAUGAUGUCGAUGAAGCAGCCGCUGAAGAAGCAUUCGAAGCCUUUGAGAGACUCAUGAAUGCCAACAGACCCAAGACACCCCAAAAGGCACCUGGGCCAAAAGCAAGUGGGUCUCCGCGAAAGACAGUGACACUUCCGAAACCGCAGACACCAACCAAGGCAACGCUUUGGCGGAAGCCACGAACGCCCCAAAAGACAGAGACACUACCGAAACCGAAGACACCGCAAAAGGCAGAACCUUCACUGAAACCAAGAACGCCACAAAAGGUGCAGGCAUUUCAGAAGCCAAAUACACCACAAAAGACUGAGGUUCCCCAAAGACCGCAAACUCCAAAAAGAACUGCGAUAACUCAAGAGACGCCUACAUCCCACCAAGCAAUCGCCCUCCCUCGAGACUGGCACAAUCCCCAAACCCCCCUCAAGCUCACGACCCUCCGCCAAAUCCCCCACCUGCCCUACGCCCAAAACUGGUCCUGCAACGUCCUCGCCAUAAUCUCCUACCUCUCCGACAUUGAACCUUCGAGUCUUCCACCCUACCGACAGCGAAGUGCACGCCUUGCAGACCCCUCUACGUCAAAGCAAGUAAACCUCACAGUCUUUUUGGAUCCAGAAGCUUUCACUCCCCGUGUUGGAAGUGCAGUUCUUCUUGUGGGUGUGAAGAACCAUCGUUUUGAUGGGGGCAGUUUGAAGAAGUAUGAGAGUGAUCGGAAGGAUGGACGGUGGUGGUUUGAGAAUCCGAUUGAGAUGGACUGGUGUGAUGUUGAGGGCAUUAAUGAGUGGUGGGUACAAGUUACUGCGGCUACACAGGGUCGACGAUAG